CGGCGGCCCGUGCAGCGUCGAACCGUGGACUACACCGCCACGACCGUGCGACAUCUCGAGAACCGCGUGUACCAAAAGCACCCCUGGGACAACGAGAUGCUGCAGGCGACGUCCGGCGCCAUGCUGGACUUUCUCCCGCCGGUCGCUUACCCGCACGUCCCCGCCACGUCCUUCGCCACCAAGUUCGUGCACGUCUCGACGAACAAGAUCCGAACGCCGGUCAGGGUGGUGACGUUCAUGCCCGACGGGCGGCGGCUGCUGUCGUGCUCGCAGAACGGGGAGUUCACGCUCUGGAACGGGAUGAGCUUCAACUUUGAGACGAUUCUGCAGGCGCACGAUUGCGCGAUCCAGGCGGCGUGCUGGAGCAAGAACGAGAACUGGCUGCUGACGGGCGACGACGCCGGCCGCAUCAAGUAUUGGCAGACCAACCUGAACAACCUGAAGUCCGUCAACGCGCACACGGAGCCCGUGCGAGGGGUCUCGUUUGCGCCGACGGAUCUAAAGUUUUGCAGCUGCUCCGACGACACGACGGUGCGCGUGUUCGACUUUGCCAGGGCGGCGCCGGUGCACACGCUGUCGGGACACGGCGGCGACGUCAAGUGCGUGGAUUGGCAUCCACACAAGGGCCUGCUCGCGUCCGGGGGUAAGGACUCGCUGACGAUCCUGUGGGACGCGCGGGAGGGCAAGAAGGCUGUCGACAUCCACGCGCACAAGAACCAGGUGACGUGUCUCAAGUGGAACGCCAACGGCAACUGGCUCGCCACCGGGUGCAAGGACCAGACGAUCAAGGUGUUCGACAUACGGACCAUGAAGGAGUUGGAAAACUUCCGGGGACACACGAGGGACGUCACCGCCGUGGUGUGGCACCCGCAGCACGAGACGCUGUUGACGUCGGGCGGGUACGACGGCACCAUCAUGUACUGGAUCGUCGGUCGCGGCCAAGAGGAGUGCGCGGCGCAGGUCAAGGGAGGGCACGAGGCGGCGAUCUGGUCGAUGACGUGGCACCCGGCGGGCCACAUCCUGUGCUCGGGGUCCAACGACAACACCACCAAGUUCUGGUGCAGGAACAGGCCGGGGGAGGUGCCGAGGGAC